AUGGGUCGUGGACUACGAUGUCUUGUCGAAGCAUGUCCCAGGGCAGAGGGUUGUAUGGAAGAUGGGUUUCCCUUUGCGAAUCCCAUCGACUGGGAAACUGAGCUGAUAAUCACCAUACUCACCGGGCAAGCCUGCCAACAGGGAGUCGAACGGCUCCCCUUCGUGGAGAACGGGCAAUUUCCGGCAGUCAGGGUCAUGCCUGAUCCAGACUAUUGUUUGGGUGCCAUGUUGGAUGGCUUUGCUCUGCAUGCGGCGUGGGGAAGUGUUGCAAAUGCGGAACACCAAGGCCGGUCAUCACCAUGA